AGAAGUUUGUGAAAAGCCCGCGAAGCAAAGAUAACUUUCCUUGCGGUCUUGGAUGUGUCAAGUGAUCUUCUUGAUCAGAAAUUCAAUUACGUCGUCGGUUGACAUCUACCUAUACCCAUGGAUUAUCUCCAACACCUUCACAACCUUGAAUUGCUAAGAGAGCUACCUUUGCCAAGACCACGUCGUGGGCUACGGGAUGCUAGAAAUCCAUCGGAAUCGUAUGAGGAUGGGCCAUUUCGAGAUCGGUAUCAACUGUCAAAAGAAACCGUCAUUUACAUCAUCAACAUGCUGGAAGCCGAAUUGAAGAGGGACACACAGAGGAAUGAUCCACUUCCCGUUUAUUUGCAGGUGUUGACGGCUCUCCGUUUUCAUGCAGUGGGAUCAUUUCAAAAGAUGCAUGGUGAUGAGGCAGCAAUAUCACAGUCAUCAAUGUGUCGAAUCAUCAAAGAUGUGUCAGAAGCUAUAGCAAGAAGGAAGAGGCAAUACAUGAAGUUUCCUCAGCGACAGUUCUUCCAGUACUGCAGAUUUCCAGGAGUGAUAGGUGCAAUUGAUGGGUCACAUGUCUACAUCAGGAGCCCUGGUGGGGAUCAGGCAAUAUACUUCCUCAACAGGAAGAAUAGAUACUCGAUCAAUGUACAGGUUGUUUGUGAUCAGGCUGGGAAAAUAACAAGCAUCGUUGCCAGAUGGCCUGGCAGCACACCAAACUUGGAUGGUAGAUGUACUUGGGUGACCUGCAUGUUAUGCUGCAGUCGGAGGUCACAUGGUAAGGUCAAAGUGUUCCACAAUGGACAUAAGUUUUUGUAGAAAUGUACCAAACCCGACGGUGCUCUCACUCCAUGAUGUGUCACUGCAUCGUAGCAAUCCAGUCGGAUUUGAAAUGGUCUACACAUGUUGAAUAUAUGGUCAAGCGCGCAAAUAGUCGUUUAUAUGUUCUUCGCACUUUGAAAUAUCAUAGUCUGUAAUUUCAGGACCUUAUAGUUGUAUAUACUAGUUUCGUGAGACCAGUUGUUGAAUAUGCUGUACCUGUAUGGUCAGGAGCACUAACAAAACAACAAGUACAAGUCAUCGAACGUCUUCAGAAUCGUGCCCUUAGAAUCAUUUUUGGAGCAGCAUAUUCUUCAUAUGAGCAUGCUUUACUCCAGUCAGAACUGAUGUCUCUUGAAGAUAGAUGGAUCAAACUCUUGUCUUGCGUUUACGAAGUCUAUGCAAAUCCCCACGUCUAAACUGUAUCACCUUCUACCUCAAAAUAGGACUUGUCAAUAUCAGACUAGAAGCUUGGCCGGAACAGUAGAGAUGCGAUGUCGAACUUCACGAUAUAGAAAUAGCCCCUUGCCCUCGUUGAUUCGGCACUUUAAAGAGAAAUUCCAGUAGUUGCAGUAAACACUGAUUUCAUGAGAAAGUCUGUAAAACAAGGCUUAAUUGUCAGUAUAUCAUCGAGGAUCUAGAUCUGGUACAGUUACAUAAACUGAACUUUGUGAAAUCUUGAAAUCUACGCUGAAAAAAUGUUCAGGCUGAAGAUCCCCAACAGAGAUAAGCGCACGUGGGACAUUGUAUAAUUAUUGCUUCGAAUGUCGGGCCCGACGCUCUACCUGAAUCCUGUGCUUAUUUGCUGAUUUCUCAGCAAUUACACAAUUUCUUCCAGAAUCCUUUGGCACAUAUGUUUUAUUUAUACAAACAGACACUUUGGUGGUCAUUUCAUUGGAUUCUGUACGAACUCAUUUUGAUAUCGUUACCAAAACUAGCAUUUACCUUUAACUCUAAAAGAAUUGAUUACAAGGAGUAGUUUUUUUUUUUAUAUAUCUUCCCCUAUCGUUACUUGUAUAAUAAUAUCAAACUACGAAUGGCUGAGAAUUAAAGAACUCAUCAUUCAUUGGACUCUUAAAAUGUGAUAUCAUUAAAAGAUUGUUUUUUAUAAAAUGCAGAUUACAUACUAAUUGUAAUGUUGAGUUCUCUUUAUGUUGGCGAACUCAAGUUUCAUUUCAUUUCAUUUCAUUUUACUUUGUUAAUCAAAAUAUUUUUCUUUCAUAUGAGCAAUUAUUCACUGAUAUCUAGUCGUAAACUUAAUAUUUGAAUUGAAGUCACAAAAAUUGCCAAAAUAUGUAUUAUUGCAGCAUGUAUGAAAAAAUGUGACCUAAUUGCUUCUUCGCUAUUUUCUCUCUGUUUCCCUUCCACCAUCAAUUUCUUCUCUUCUCUCUCUCUCUCUCUCUGCCUCUCUUCUCUCUUCCACUAUUUCUAUUCUUUUCUGCUUUCCAAUUCAUUUCCUCUAUCCACUCAUAUUUACAUGUAUUUAGAAUAUUUUUCAAUUUUUUUUAUUGAUCAGUGAGUAUCGAUUUAAAUUUAUUUAUGAUAUACUUUGUUACAUAUGUCUAUAUUGAAAUUUGUUCGUAGUACUAUAAGUUUUUUUACCUUGUUAUUGAUGAUUUUGUUUGAAAUGUAAAUUUUCGCAAUUCGGCUUUUGCCGCAAAGAAAGGAUUUUUAAUAAACCAUUUUGAAUCGAAUUGAAUUUACAGGUCAACAUUAAAGUGUAUGUGCAAGGCUCUUAUGACAAGUGUUAUUCCAUCCCAGUCAUUUCACAAUGAAGUUUCAAUACAAUUAUGUUGUGUGCCCUCGAAAAUCACGAUAUUUCUGGUUAUUUUCAUGAGUGGGCGAGACACAAUCACUGUUGCCAUGUUUUAUUCUAGAAAUAGUAAGCUAAGUAUGAAAAAAAUUAUUGAAAAAAGCUGGCCCGAUUUGUCCAGGUCAGAAAAGGGCAACACAAUUUUUGUUCAGGCCUUAAGUGAAUGCAUUCAUACAAUCUACCAUGUGUUUGGGAGUACAUGUUUAAAUAGCAAAUCAGCGUUCCUAUUGUAAGGUAUCUACUGAUUAAAAAAUAUCUGUAAAAAAUUUAAGAAUUCUGUAAACUUGUUUUUUUACGGAAAUGUGUAAAUUUACAUGGGAAUUUUGUAAAAGUACGGUAAUUUUACGGAAAAGGAAUCCGUAAAAUUACGGAUUAAAAAAAAAAAUUCCGGCAGCAAAAUUUCCGGACAAAUUUUUUUUUCCCGUUAAUUAUUUAUACGGAAUCAUGUUAAUUCACGUAAAUUUUCUGUAAAAUUUCCGUAAAUAAUAUCCGUAUUUUACAUGGGAAUUUGUAAAAGUACGGUAAUUUUACGGAAAAGGAAUCCGUAAAAUUACGGACAAAAAAAAAAAUUCCGGCAGCAAAAUUUCCGGACAAAUUUUUUUUUUCCGUUAAUUAUUUAUACGGAAUCAUGUUAAUUCACGUAAAUUUUCUGUAAAAUUUCCGUAAAUAAAAUCCGUAUUUUACAUGGGAAUUUUGUAAAAGUACGGAAAUUUUACGGAAAAGGAAUCCGUAAAAUUACGGAC